AGGCCCAGAGAAGAUGCAGGUCGGCGGGAAAUCACCUUAGCUCUGCAGUCCGAAAGUUGGCCUAUCCCCGACCGUUGUAUACAGCAAGUUCGAUGCAUUGUAAAUCGUGAUGGGUUCGCCAUCAGAGUGGGUACCGAGGGGCCUUCCCGAGCGCCGCGCCGCGCUGCCACAGUGCGGGGAACCUGUCGGUUCGCGGUUUUCCCCGAGUGAGAAGGGUGUCCGCGCCGAGCCGACGAGCCGGCACUGUUGGCGGCGGCGAGGGGUGGUAGACGGACGGCGGUCGGCGCGGGUCGGACAGGACAGUGAAGAAUGGAGACCGGACGACCGUCGGUGGUCGGCCUGUUGUUGGUGCUGACGGUGCUGGCCGGGCUGACCUGCUCUGCACGCGCAGCACACGAUAGAGAGCGGCGCCAGGCCCCGGACUCGGGCCCGUUCGUGCCGCGCUGCACCACCGCGGACGGCAGUGACGGCCUCUGUACGGAGCUGCGCGCCUGCCCGCCCCUCGACCACCUGCUCCGGCUCUACAAACGCAACCAGGCCGACCCAUUCCAGCGGCUCCGGCUCCGGCAGGAGACGCUCAAAUGCCACUUCACCGCCGCCCACGAUCCGCGGGUCUGCUGCAAACUCAGCGCCAUCGCGCCCGUCACGACCAAACCCCAGAAGCCGAGGCUGCCGCGCCUUCAGACGGCCGCCCCGGUCGUACUCGAUCCCGUCACCCCGGCCCCGGUCACACCCGUUCCGCAGGUUCCCUUUGUCCCACCAGUGACACCGGUCCCCGAUGUGAUUCUGCCUCCACCAGCGACCCCCGUUCCCGAUCCGAUCCUGCCUCCACCUGAGACCCCCGCGCCUGUGCCCACCGCUGACCCCGCGGUAACCCCUGACCCCGUCGUGACCCCUGACCCCGCGGUGACCCCUGCCGCGCCCGUCGUCCCGAGCAAGCUGCCCGAUGAGUCGGUGUGCGGUAUGAGAACGUUCCUGUCACGGAUUUUCGGCGGGCAGACGGCGGAGAUCGGCGCGUGGCCCUGGGUGGUCUCCAUCGGAUACAGAGUGUCUGGGGCCCGGGAGAUCCGCUGGCAGUGCGGAGGGACGCUCAUCACGUCCCAUCAUGUGGUGACGGCCGCCCACUGCGUUACUCAGCUCGGCACCAGCGAACCUCUGGUGGUCCGUCUCGGCGAGCUGGACUUCAACACCGAUCCCGACUGUCUGCCGUUCAACCGGAGUCACUGCGCCGACCGGUUCAGGGACAUCCGUAUCGAGAGCACCCGGCCCCACGAGCUCUACAAGGGCCGUUUCGGGAACGCCCUGGAGCACGACAUAGCCGUGAUCCGCCUGGCUCGCUCUGCUGAACCGUUCACCGACUUCGUCCGCCCGGUCUGUCUGCCCGUCGACCUGGCCCGACUGCGGGGAGGUGCCGACGACACCAUUGGAAGUCGCGUCUUCAUCACCGGCUGGGGACGGUCAGCGAACUCCUCGGAGAGCUUCACCCCGGAGCUGCAGGAGGCCAGCAUCCGUAUAGUGGCGCCGGAGAGGUGUGAGAACACCUACAGACGCAGCCUGACGGCCGCCUUCGGGAGCCGCCUGUGCGCCGGCGAGGGUACUGGCGUAGACACCUGCCGGGGCGACUCCGGUGGCCCGCUGAUGACGCACAGCCCUCACGGCACUCAUUGGUACCUGGUCGGAGUGACGUCGUUCGGCACUCACACCUGCGGAAUCAGGGAGGCCGUCUACACCCGCGUCAGGGACUACGUCGAAUGGAUAGAAAAGCAGCUGUGAUCAUCACCGAAGUAGCCGUGAUGUGCCACUGGAACAGCUGUGAGCCGUCGCCCGCCCUGUGGGUCGGAGGCAGGCAGGGUCACCACGAGCGACAUCUAGGACAAUGAGCAACAACCUACGAGCUACUAGCGUCAGGCUGCAAGCCGAGGCGUGUCCCGGGACUUUGUUCGAGUAAGGGUUGUCGAGUAGGGAAAUUUCCAAGUCUCGCCGGUUCAUGGCAUUGCGUAGUGGCGAUAUGAACCUCCCAGCGUUAAAUAAGCUGGGCGAAGUGAGAUUAUUGGUGAAAUGACUGACGAAACGGUGAAAACGGCAUUAUCUGAGACGGUAGAUGUCGUCAUGUCGGGAGACUAGUGAUGUGUUGCACCCGAAUUUAUACCGUAGCAUUAUUGUGUACCAUACAUUAUCCGUCGGAGCGGUAUUAACCGAACCAAAUAAAAUAAUGACCGGGUAACAG